GUUGGUGGUGUCUGAUGCGAGACUUGCAUUGCAUUGGACUGUCACUUUGUCAAUUCACUUUUGAAUUUUGCCAAUGCAACCAGCAAAUUGACUAGCAAAUUGAUGUGAUCGUUACAUUAUUAGUGAAAGAAAGUGUAUUUGCGUCAAUUUGAAGCCAUGGCCAACAAACGUAAACAAAACACGACAAACAUUCGUAAGAGAAAAAUUCAACGUUCAAAUUCGAAACGAUCAAAGGUAGAAGUUGAAGAGAGUGAGAACUUUGAUAUUGGAUCCCCCAAAAAGAUUGUUGACAUCAAUCUGGAUUGCCUGGAGCACAUAUUUUGAUUAUUGAAUUUGAAGGAUUUGAUAAAUGUUGCCGAAGCCAAUAAGCAACCUAAAGUGUCCGCCGGUUUGGCGCCAAACCUCGGUGCACCUCGCAAGAACUAUAUUGGUAGUUGGAUAUCAAUGACGAUUCGUUUUUGUUUGUUGUAGCCAAUUCGUUCAAUUGUUUUUCUAAUUCCGCUAUUUUUUUAAAACUUAAAACUAAAAGCAACUCAGAAACAUAUUUUUUUUCCGAAACAUAACCACUUUCGUUCCACGGUCUUUUGAAAUUUGACAGUUCGUUUGACAUUUACAUCAAACAAUUUCGCCUGGCUGUCAAAGUCCGAAAAAAUGCCAAGCCUAAUACACAAACGAGUGUAUUCAUAAACAAACUAGAUCAUCAUAAUUUAUUGAAUUGUGUUAAAAAUGUUCUCUUAUUGUCGUUUGUGUGCCGAACAAAAGAAGACGACUGAAUUGAAAAAGACGAUAUUCGAUUGGGGCAUCAAAGAGAAGUUAGUCGCUUGUUGUAUGUGGAAGCCAUCGAAUGAAGAGUAUCAAAUUCCGCAAACUGUUUGCAAUGACUGUGUGGAUCAAUUGGAAAAUUGUUGGAAAUUCGCAAACAGAAUCAGUGAGUCAGAGCAAAAAUUACUUCAUUUGAUGCAUUUUUCGCCAAAUGGAUUAGAGUAUAAAGAGUUGGAGCCGGAUAAUGAAUUUAUUGAUGUAAAACUAAAUGUGCCGGAGGAUGAGCUUGAAGCCGACGAAGUAUCGACCAGUGCCAGUGAAACAGAAUCGGAUCAUUCAAGAUAUUCCAGGCGGGGAUCAGCACACAAGACACAAAGAGUGAAGCGAAAAAAGAAAGCAUCGAAAGUGUGCAGCGUGUUGAAAAUUGUUUCGAAAAGUGAAUGCAACUUGGACGGUACAAUCACCGACGAAGGAAUGGCAAAAAUGGAUCUCUAUUUGGCUGAAACUAUCACGAGAACGUGGAACGACUGCGAAUUCAAGUGCAACGAUUGUGAUUACAGUGCUCGUGGAUUCAACAAAUUUCAUACUCACGAUCAGACAACACACUCACGAUUUCCCACGAAGAGAUCAUUUCCUUGCCUCUAUUGCGAUCAAGUGUGCAAAAGACUGCAGUCAUUGGUGGUGCACAUCAGCUAUCGUCACAUGCCACAUCUCAGCUUCUGCUGUACGUUUUGUUCGAAAUACUAUUGGGAUUUGACACAAUUGAAAUAUCAUCGGGAGGAGCAUGAGCAACAGUCUAAAUCCAGUGCACCCGAGCCUAAAUGUGAAAAAUGUAACAAAACCUUCCGAAACAUUGGCAGCCUACGGAAACACGUUCGGACCGUAUGCUCACCGAGAGACGCAACAGAAUUGUACGAAUGCGAUAUUUGCAAGAGAAAGUAUCGAUUGAAAGGCGCACUAAAAGAUCAUAUGAACAAGCACAGCAGACAAAAUGACUAUGUAUGCGAUAAAUGCGGAAAGAGUUUCUACAUGCGAUGCAGUUUACGUAAGCAUAUGAUAAAACAUGCAGACGUGCGACCGUUCCCAUGUGAGAUCUGUGGAAAAGGACUCCAAACGUUGGCAAGACUCAAGUCACACAUGAAACUUCAUGAAGAGGAUAAGCCAUUCAUUUGUGAUGUUUGUGGUAAACGUUACCAUGAUCAGAAUGCGGUUAAAUUGCACAUGGUUGGUCAUUUGGAAGUGUUGCCGUUUCCGUGCACAUAUUGCGACAAGCGAUUCAGACACAAAGGAUUGCUUAAUGUUCAUACACGUACACACACCGGUUAUCGACCAUAUGCUUGCGAGCAUUGCAGUUACGCUGCCACGAGUUCAGCUAAUUUGAGGAAUCAUACUCUUCGAAAGCAUGGAAUCGAUAUGCGAGGACGAGCUCGUCAAACGUUCUAAUGAGUCCGAUAUAAUUGGCAACUGAAUGUACUGUUCAUUUACAUUAUUAAAAAAUUGUUAGUUCAUAUCAUC